GGGAGAAGUAUACAGUUACAGAUAAAAAUAUGGCAUUUCCCUUUUUAUUUAAGUAAGUAUUUUGAGGAAGUACUUAAACCAAAACUAAUUUGGGCAAAUUUUAUAACAGUUUCACUCUGCUGCAUUGUCUGUAAUCCUAAGUAAUUAUUAUCAUCAGCUAUCAGACAAGUGAAGUGGAUUAUGAGUAUGGAUUGGCUAAGGUACAGUACUUUCACAAUAUUGUUGGAGUGACGUGUUUUUAUGAAAGUACACAGCAAAUAUGAUCCGUUUUGUUUGUAGCUUUACAAAUUCUAGUUAACCGUCAGACCUUCCACGGCACUGGAAAUAAAACCAUAGCCUGUGCUCUGGCUUGAAUGCAGUGCUGGCUGUGGGUCACUGUCAGUGCUGGAUCCAAACUAAGACAGCGGCUCAGGUCCAGCAGUGAUUGGUGAGCUGCUGGGGCGCUCCUCAGCAAGAUGGCUGCAUUGCUGCGCGCAAGAGUGGCAUCCUGGUGAAAUGACGCAAGCCACAGUUUACGUUCAGUCCCCGCGGCUCUGAGCUCUCCAGUCUCCAUAGCGCAGAUCCCGCCCGACACACAGCCGGAAGACCGACCGGCUAUCCUCCAGUGGACCGAGCGGAACCGGUUCAUCUGAGUGAGAGUGCGAUGAGGAGAGCUUUCAGAGUGUGAGGCCAUGGGCUGCACCUCGGCCAAGCAGGUGUCGGCCGUGCCCAAUGAUGAGGAGGGACGUGGCAAGGCCUACAGCAACGGAGACCUCUUCACUGAUGAAUACAAGAUGAAGGGGGUGGAGGAGGUGAAGUACAUGAGAGGGGACGAAAACCGAGUGAACGCACGCAACCAGGAGAACCUGGAGAAGAGUAAUGCACAGCACAGGGGCAAACAGCAGAAGGAGGUCGCUGCAGCAAACAUCAAGUCAAAUAUUCACACGUCAGAGAGCCAGCAGGAAUUUUUCAGGAUGCUGGAUGAGAAGAUUGAGAAGGGGCGAGACUACUGUUCAGAGGAAGAGGAGGAGGAAGAUGGGACAUAGCACAGAGGCCCCCGAACGUCACCCCCCACAGAAAGCCUCACUGUGUGUGUGUGUGCGUGCACGCGUGUGUGCAUAUGUGUGUGUUUAUGUGUGCCUGAGAGAGCGAGAGAGAGCUAAAUUUGUGUUUUACCAAUGGGACGUUUGAUAUGACAGGACACUCCGAAAUGGUAUGUGUGAGUUUAUGGACAUAUGGCAAAGAUAGUGCUUUAAACGUAAGUGAAAGAGAGAGGGAUGCAUGGGAGACGGGAAGAGAAAGAGAACGAGUGAAUGGGAUAAAGAAUACUUUCUUCAGAGACUAUAGCCCUCCUCUCUUAGCACCUCAGCCCUUCAGGCCCCUGAGCAGACAGACGGAGGUGGCGCAGCGAUGAAGGGACGGACAGAUGAAAGGAGGGAGAGAUGGAGGAGGACGUGAUGAAGGAUGGGUGCUCAUUGUCGUGAACAGAGGGAAGGACUCGGGUCAAACAGAAUUAUUUCCUCGAGCUGGACAACGGCAGCUUUGCAACCCUCCAUAUGUCCCUCCCGAUCUGUCCCUCUGUAGUGAGAUCCUGAAUAUUUUAACCCCUGCGACUGGGCGAGCGAACUCCCAAGUAAAUGUGGAGGCUAAGUAAGGACAAAUAUCUCUGUGGAUGUGUGGAGGACUGAGAGACACACAAAUAGAGAAGAAAGGAGGCCCGGGGAGGAAAAGAUGCUGAAAGCAGAGGAGUUACGUAACGCCACCAGGAUCCACGCUAAACGUUUUUUGGCCUGCCUUCCUACAGACAGGCUGGCCUGGGCCACAGCGGACUGAGAGAAUGGGUGAGGGAAGGUGGAGAAGCAGCAGGGAAAUUUGGGAUAUUUUAAUAAGAGAGAGUAGGGAGCAAGGUGGUGAUUUAGAAACUCUAAACUCCUUCUGCCUUCUGAAGUCAAGGACCUUAUUUUUAUUUUUUAUUCUGUUCUGCGUCCACUCAUCCAGUUAUAUUUUCCCUUUUUCUGACGUUCUUUUCUUCAGUUUGAUUUACUCUUCCAUUGUAGUGUAUCAUCAUCUUUAAAGUCUUUAUCGUCCUCAUCACAGCGGCAGGCAAACUGAUUUUGCAUUAUUCAGAGAAUCUGUGUCUCAUCCCAAUCCAUCCUCCUUUAUUUACCAUAACAUUGCAGAGCUUACAUGCACAUACUAAUGCUCAUGGUGAUUUUUAUUGUGCGUACGUUAACACAGUCUCAUUCCAGCACACCCCUGCAUGUACAUUUACAUCUCACAAACACACAUCAUUGCAUCCCCUUCAUUUCACCAGCAAACCGUCAUGCUCAUUGUUAAGUAAUCCAUAGAGCUCUAUGGUAUAUUUCUGCUUCGGUUCGGUGUUCGCACACAUUCAUACACGACAUGGCACAGAAGCAACAAACUGGGCUGAGCUUAAAGGGGAGGGUGCGUGGUUGCUGUGGAGACACAGACCUGAAAUCACAUUUUUUUUUUUUUUUGUCAUCUUUACCGGAUACUUCCUGUUGUAUUAUUUUGAAUACUUUUUUUCUAUUAAAAAUAAAAACGCAGAAGCUCUGUCCGUCUUAA